AUGGGUGCAGCCCUGCAGGUGACAGCAUUUGGGCUCGCUCUUCUCUCCACACUCUUCCUCCUCCUGGCCACGUGCACGGACUGCUGGAUGGUCAAUGCUGAUGACAGCUUGGAGGUAAGUCACAAGUGCAGGGGCCUCUGGAGGGAGUGUGUCACCAACAUGCAGGACGGGGUCAGGACCUGUGACCAGUAUGACUCCAUUCUGGCUGACCACCCAGUGAAGAUCGUGGUGACACGGACCCUGAUGAUCACAGCAGAUCUCCUGGCUGGCCUGGCUUUGGCUACACUGAUCCUUGGGCUGGACUGCAUCACAUUCCUCAAGGAAGAUCCUUGUGUCAAGCUGAAGCUGUGCUAUGGAGCUGGAGCCAUCCUCGGUGCUGGGAGCAUCCUGGGGCUCAUAGGCUCCGUGUGGUAUGCAGUGGAUGUCUACGUGGAGAGGGCCAUGCUGGUGGCACACAAUAUAUUCCUGGGAGUCCACUAUGACUUUGGCUGGUCGUGCUGGCUGGGGAUGGCUGGCUCCACUGGCUGCUUUGUGGCAUCUGUCCUGCUGACCUGCUGCCUCUAUGCCUGCACAGGUCAGUCUGGCUCGUUCACCCCAUCCUAUCUCAAGGCUUUUGCCCUGCAGGGAUAA